AUGUCAUCCUCUCAGCCCUUCUUGCCUUCACCUUCACUGACAAGUGGCAUCAGGAAAAAAUCACGUUUCACAUAUAGACAACUGCAUCUCCUGGGCCAGUCCUCCGUCUCCUGCCCACUUCGUUGCAUUGCACUGAUUGAUUAUGAUGCCUUCUAUGCACAAUGCGAAAUGGUGCGCUUGGGAGUGGGGGAAACCCGACCACUGGCCGUGCAGCAGUGGCAAGGCCUGAUUGCGAUCAACUACCCUGCCCGUGACUUUGGGCUCAAUCGCCACGUCACUGUCGCCGAGGCGAAGACCAAAUGUCCGGAAAUAGUCGUUCAACAUGUUGCAACAUGGCGAGAAGGGGAUGAUAAAUGGGCUUAUCGGGAUGACGCGGCAAAGCAUAUACAAACAGACAAGGUGUCUCUGGAUCCCUAUAGACUGGAAUCGCGGAAAAGCCUGGCGCUCGUCAAGGAAAUUCUGCCACCGGCGCCCAUCCAGAAGGUCGAGAAGGCAAGUAUUGACGAGGUCUUCUUGGAUUUGUCGGCACAAAUUCAUCAAAUCCUUCUUGAUCGAUAUCCUGAAUUGCGCCAUACACCCUAUGACGAUCCCACAGAACAUCUACCAUUACCACCUUCGACGGCACUCGACUGGCAGGCUGACGCGCUCAUCGAUCUCGACUCGGCCCAGACUGAAGACGAUGAUCCCGAUUGGGACGACGUUGUCAUGAAUAUAGGAUCGGAAAUUGUGCGAGACGUUCGUGCCAAGAUUCGUGAAACCCUGAAAUAUACGUGUUCAGCCGGUAUUGCACGCAAUAAAAUGAUGGCAAAGCUAGGUGCGGGUUACAAGAAGCCGGACCAACAGACCAUUGUUCGCAACCGAGCUGUGCAACAUUUCCUCUCGGGAUUCAAGUUCACUAAGAUCAGAAAUCUGGGGGGCAAGUUAGGCGAUCAAGUCGUAGAUGCAUUUGGUACGGAGGAAGUCACUGAACUGCUCAGUGUUCCCAUAGAGCAGAUGAAAUCGAAGCUCGGGGAUGAAACCGGAACAUGGCUACAUGGAAUCAUCCGUGGCGAAGACAACAGCGAGGUCAAUUCCAGAACGCAGAUCAAGUCAAUGCUUUCGGCAAAAUCAUUCCGACCCAGCAUAAACAGUACAGAGCAGGCCAAUAAGUGGCUGCGGAUCUUCGUUGCGGAUAUCUAUGCAAGACUGGUGGAAGAAGGUGUACUCAAGAAUAAGAGACGGCCCAGGACCAUAGCUCUCCAUCACCGACAAGGUGGGCAGACAAAAUCGAAACAGCUCCCAAUUCCACAAGGUAAACAGAUUGACCAGACUAUGCUUUUCGACCUAUCUAAAACACUACUCGGACAAGUUAUCGUCGACGGGCGCGCAUGGCCAUGCGCGAACCUAUCCUUGAGUGUCGGCGGGUUCGAGGAUGGUGUCUCUGGUAACAAAGGCAUUGAUACCUUCCUUCUAAAGGGCGACGAGGCUAAAGCUGCAAUGGACACACCGCAUCGAAGCCAUGCUACAACACCGAUCCAAGGUGAAGGACGUCCAGCGAAACUUCGACGUCUUGACGAGCUCCCAAGCAUCGCUCGGUUCUUGUCCAAGGAGGAUAGUACCGGGGAAGGUGGGGUCCAGUCCCCAGGUACCACAUCCGCCGAUAAACUUCACCAAGGAGAAUUUCGUGCGAACGAAGAGGCCGCGGACAUAGAUAUUUCCCUGCUCUGCCGGUCGAACAUUGCUUCAUUCUUCUGCAAAUCAUGUCAAAAGCCGGUCAAUGAGACAGACCGGACGGAACACGAAGACUGGCAUUUUGCCAGAGAACUUCAGGAACAAGACGCCCAUGUUGUCACCGGUCCGAGCAAUAGUCGUCCUCCAGGACCACAGAGUAGUAAGCCAAACCGUGGUGGGACUGGUGGUCGAGGUCGGGGCUCGAAGCCAGAAAAGGGGCAAAGCCGCCUCACCUUUGGCUAG